AUGGAACCUUUCUCCUUUAACUCUCCCGGGUUUGUUAACUUAUUAGCUUCGCAGAGCAGUCCACCAAUAGACGUUGACUCUGCUGAGGUAGAUGGUAACUCGCUCGGGUUAGUUAAACCAUUGGAAAGGAGAAAGUGGGGACCCAAAGAAGACCUUGUGCUCAUCAGCGCUUGGUUGAACACGAGCAAGGAUCCCAUAAGGUGGGGAAGGGUGAAUGAGCAGGUGUGCAAGUUUGUGGGUUGCCAUGAAGCCGCUUUGAAGGAGCAAGCGAGUGGCCAAAAUGAGAAUGAUGUCAUGAAAGCUGCACAUGACAUCUUCUUAAAUGACUAUCAUGUCAAGUUCACACUUGAACAUUGCUGGAGGGAGCUGAGGUUUGAUCAGAAAUGGAAAUCACACUCGUUGUCGAAAGAUGGUGCAAAGGAGAAGAGGAAGGAAGCAGGUCUGGAGGUGGUGGCUGACGAUGAAGAGGUUAGGCCUCCUGGUGUUAAGGCUAGCAAAGCAGCCAAGCGCAGGAAGCACGGGAAUGAAGCAGCUUAUGAUCAAAUACAGAGCAUGCUAGCUAUGAAAAAUAACAUUUCGAAACAAAAGAUCCUUGAUCGUCUCCUUGCCAAAAAUGAAGACACACUUUCUGAUGAAGAACUAUCCCUUAAGCAUAAACUAAUAUCUGAAAUGCUUUGA